CCUCUGCGCGUCCUGCGCCGCCGGAAGUGAAGGCCACGGGCUUUGAGCAGGUGAGGCGCGCGGAGACACCGGCGCCGGGAUUCGGGUGGGGGCGGGUGGGGGCGGGUGGGGGACGCCGCAGCUGGGACCAUUUGAGGGGAGCCUAUGGGGCCUGAAGGGCAUUUGUCAGGCGCCCCUGCUCGGAUGGCAACAGUAGUUCUAGGGGGAGACAGCAUGGGCCCUGAGCGUAUCUUCCCCAAUCAGACUGAGGAACUGGGGCCACAUCAGGGCCCUUCAGAAGGCACUGGGGAUUGGAGCAGUGAGGAGCCUGAGGAAGAACAGGAGGAAACUGGGUCUGGCCCAGCUAGCUAUUCCUACCAGCCCCUGAACCAAGAUCCUGAACAAGAGGAGGUGGAACUGGCACCAGUCGGGGAUGGAGAUGUAGUUGCUGACAUCCAGGAUCGAAUCCAGGCUCUGGGACUUCAUUUGCCAGACCCACCAUUAGAGAGUGAUGAUGAAGAUGAAGAAGGAGCUACAGCGUUGAACAACCACAGCUCUAUUCCCAUGGACCCAGAACAUGUAGAGCUGGUGAAAAGGACGAUGGCUGGAGUAAGCCUGCCUGCGCCAGGGGUUCCUGCCUGGGCUCGGGAGAUAUCAGAUGCCCAGUGGGAAGAUGUGGUACAGAAAGCCCUCCAAGCCCGGCAGGCAUCCCCUGCCUGGAAGUGACCACAGAGAGCUGCCUUACCUUCCUACAUUCCAGGCCAGAACCAGCACAGGACUGAACACAUCCCUGGUUGUAAUGUCCAUUCCCAUCUUCCCCAUCUCCCUUUCCACAUCAAGGCACAUAAGGCUUCUCAGAGACCCACUUUAUUCGGUUCUGUACAUAUGGGGACAUCAGCCCAAGCCCAACCCACCUUAGCAUGUAUCACUCUGUGGAGAAUAAAGCACCCUAUAUACACAGCCAAAA